UAUUUUUAUUAUUCGAAUAAAUAUUCUUUACACUCCAACCGAUUCCAACCAACGUGCUCCGACGUCAAUGGACGUCAAACCUGGUUUUCACUGCUACUGUUUCGUGAAAAAUACUAUAUAUGAUAUUUGACAUGUGUUAAUCAAAAGAGGAGCAAAAUGUAUUUAAUAAUACAUCAGAAACUGCUGAAUCGCUGUACGAGACAGAUACACACGAAUGCAUCUCGAAUUUUAUUCAAUCAAUAUUAUAAUGCUGCUCAAAAGAAAAGAUUGCGUUCCUCGCGUUUAUACUGGAGUGGAUGUGGUGUACUAUUACUUGGAUUGACUUAUGCAGCAGUACCUUUAUAUAGAGUAUUUUGUCAGUCCUAUAGCUAUGGUGGAACAGUAUCUGUUAAUCACGAUAGUGCUAAAGUGAGCGCAAUGAAACCUAUUAAAGAUAAAGUAUUAACUAUAAAAUUUAAUGCUGAUACCGCAGCAGCCAUGCAAUGGAACUUCAAACCUCAACAAAAUGUAAUAAAAGUUCUUCCUGGAGAAACUGCUUUGGCAUUUUAUACUGCAAAAAAUCCAUUGGAUAAACCAGUUAUCGGUGUUUCAACUUAUAAUGUGGUACCAUACGAAGCAGGACAAUAUUUUAAUAAGAUUCAGUGUUUUUGCUUUGAGGAGCAGCAACUCAAUCCACACGAAGAAGUUGACAUGCCAGUGUUCUUCUAUAUUGAUCCAGAAUUUGUUGAAGAUCCUAGAAUGGAACACAUAGAUGAAAUUAUACUUUCCUAUACAUUCUUUGAAGCCAAAGAAGGAAUUAAAAUUCCUAUACCGAACUUUAUGAAAAAGUAGUAAAUGUUAUAAAAAAAUAUGUUAAUUUUUAAGAAAUAUGUAGAAAUAUAUCGAUAAGUGGAUCUUUAA